UGUCAGAGGCGCUGUCAGGGAGGCAAGUCUCGCUCUCGUCUCGCAUUCUCUCUCCCUCGCCCUCACGCCCAGCCGCACCACGUCAGUCGCAGUCGAGAGCGCGCCAGCGGAGUAUGGUGUCCGUGUGAAGUGUCUGCGGCCCCGAUCAGCGUGCAGCCAGUGUGAAAGCCCGGAUUUAAGGACGCGGCCCCGAAGGCGUUUUGAAAAGCACGCCCGAGCGCGAGCGUCACUCCCGCCAGCCCCUGCGAGCGCUGGACCAACCGCGGCUCUGCCCGAGCGCGCCAACACACUUCCCGCCGCCUUCGCGCCUCCCGAAUCGGGCCCGACGCUCCCACCCCGCUCGCCUCCUGCGCUCCGCUUCACUGAAACACCAUGUCUGAAGAAGUGAUCCUCGUCACCGGCGUGAGCGGCUUCAUCGGCUCCCACGUGGCCAAGCUUCUCCUCGAGGAAGGCUACAAAGUACGAGGCACCGUCAGGAGUCUCUCCAACGAGGCCAAGGUCGAGCCCCUCAAGAGCCUGGUGCCCGAUGCCAAGUUCCCCCUCGAGCUGGUGGAGGCCGACCUCACCAAGGAGGAAGGAUGGGAUAAGGCAGUGGAAGGGUGCACGGGCGUCCUCCACGUGGCCAGCCCUUUCCCCGACCUCGUGAACCAGCAGGCGGAGGAGGCAGGACUCGUGGACACGGCGAAGGACGGCACACUCCAGGUCCUCAAGGCUGUUGCCGCCCACGCCGCCGCCUCCGUCAAGCGCGUUGUGGUCACGUCCUCCUUCGCUGCGGUCUUCGGAGAACCAGCCCCAGACGGCGAGAAAACCUACACGGAGGAGGACUGGACUGACGCGGAGAGCACGACCAUCGACGCCUACACGAAGUCGAAGGUCGUGGCGGAGAAAGCGGCCUGGGAUUAUGUUAAAGAACUGCCAGACGACCAGAAAUUCGAGCUGACAGUGAUCAACCCGACCUUCGUCCUUGGCCCUCCGCUGCUCGAGGCUCACAAGAGUGCCACGUCGGUCAACUUCAUGGCACAGAUCGUCAACAGAGCCUAUCCCGGGGUGCCUCGCGUUCAGCUCCCCAUCUGUGACGUGCGCGACGUGGCGAAGGCUCAUGUUAAGGCCCUGACCGCGCCCGAGGCCGUGAACAACCGCCACAUCAUCUACACGGACAGCGUCUGGAUCAAAGACAUCGCCCUGGCUGCCUCGAAGGAGUUCAAACCUCAGGGCUACUCGAUCCCCACGGGCCAGCUGCCCUAUUUCCUCUGCUGGGUGGCUGGGCUCUUUAAUAAGGGAAUGAAGAACAAUAUCUUGCCUCGUCUCGGGAAGCAAUUGACUGCCAGUAAUAAGAGGAUGGUUGAGGUCUUGGGUGUUGAACCAACUGCCAUCGAUUGCACAGUGCAAGACAUGGUUUACGCCCUUGUUGAUCUCGGCAUCGUCCGCAAGGCCAAGAAGUAUAAGCAGGUUGGAUCCCGAGCAGAGGUUCCGGCUGUGAAUGGGGAAGUAGAGGAAGACAAGAAGGAAGGAAAGGAAGAGGAGAAGGCUGAGGAAGCAGAAGAGAAGAAGGAAUUGGAGCCAGAGGAUAAAGAGAAAAAGGAAGGCGAGGAAAUCAAAGACGAGAAGAGCGAAGCCCCGAAGGAGGAAAGCAAAGAGAAAGAGGAACCAGGCAAGGAAGAGAAGAAGGAGGAGAGCGAAGCCGAGAAAUGAAGAUUGAAACGGAGGAGUAAGAGUGAAGACUUUUCGGAACUCUCAAAAUUCCGCAUUUGGAUCAGCCUGAGUUUUGACAGCCCGACAGACUGUGGGGCAAUGUUGCAAACCUAUGAAUAAGAGGCAGUUUGAUAUCGUGUCCGCCAGAGUGUGAGAGAUUGAUUUUUAUUUUUUACAUUUUUUUGUUUUUUUGUCAAUUUUUUGUCUUUUUUUUUGUUUUGUUUUUUGUUUUUUGGUUUUGUUUUAUUCGGAUCUUGUUUUGUCUUCUUUUUUUUUUGAGGUGAAGUUAUGGUUUUGAUUUUGAUUUUUUUAUUAUUAGAUUUUUUUUUUUCCUUUUUAUUCGUGUUUUCUUUAUUUUCGUUUCCCUUCGUUUCUUUCCAUUUAUUUUGGAAUAGGUGCUGCUUUCUGUUCUCCAAUCUUUUAUAAAUGUUUUAUAUAUAUAUAUAUAUAUGUAUGUGUGUGUGUGUGUAUGUAUGUAUCUUUUAUUUUUUUUAUUCGUUUGUCAUGUAAAGUCCAGACAUGUUGAUUUCCAAGUGUAUUUUAUGUUCAGUAUUAAAUGGAUGUAUUCAUGUAGACUUACAUAACUAGGUAUGUGUACCAAUAAUUAAAGAAUCAGACGAACUGAAGAUUAGCACAGUGGUAGCCAGUUAGAUCGUUUGUAAAAACCAAUGGAUUUGGCAUUUUUGAAGUAGCAUGGUUUUUGUUUUUUUUUAUAUUACAGAUAUGUAGGCUGUAAACUCACUUUUAUGAUUUGAUAUAUGAAUCUUUUUAAGUUUUAUAUUUAGAUAUGACACUUAGGUUUUUUUUAUGUUAUUGUUUUUUUUUUUUGUUUUUCUUUUUUUUUUUUUUUUUUUUUUUAGCAACUAACACAGCAUAUCUGAUUGGUUAAAGGUGCCUUGAUUUCCCCCCCCCCCCCCCCGAGCCCUAAAAAAGAUAGACAUUUAAACCCAAAAAUUGUGAUACCAUCUGGAGGCCAGUUGGAGGCUAGUCUUCCUUCAUUAAUAAUCUUUUUUAGAAACCGUAUAUAUAUAGAUAUAUAUUGCUGUGCGCACCCUCACUGGCUUUUGAAUUUUUACUCUGCCUUAUCCAAGUGCAUCUGGAAUAUUUAUCACAGGUCCCUUUUUUGAUACAAAUCAUCCCCCCCCCCACCCCCCUUUCAAAAAAAAAAGUGGUAAAAUAAUAAUGACAAUGAUGAUAAUAAUAAUGGUAUUUUAAAGAUUUUUUUUUUUUAAUCUUUAUUAAUUAGGUCGAAUCGGUCACACGCUCCAAAAAAAAGGGAAAAAAACAAAAUUAAAGAAAACAGAAAGGAAAAAAAAACACUCCCCUAGCUCGAACUCCUCAAAGUUUCAAAAAAAAAAGAAAAGAAAUAAAUGGGGGGAAAAAAUAGAUUAAAAAUACGACCAACCCCUAUAAUUGGCUUCAGCGCAUGGGAGUGUGAACCUUAUACCCCGGUAGUUUGGAGAUCAUAACCGUAUGGCAUAUCUACGUAGAAUUAGGGAGGAAGGGCACCAGUGCAAAAAGAAAAACGACUUCUGUGGUGUUAUUUAAGAAAGAAAAAAAAGGAAGAAGAAGAAGAAGUUGUUAAAGGAAGGAGAGAUAGAGAGAGAGAGAAUGAAAGAUACAUUGUGAGAGUAAUUCAUAUAAGAGACUAGAAUUACCGUUGUAAAUUUUCUAGCGUUGCAGGGUGCAUCAUCGAAAUUGAUCUACUUAGAAAUAAGUAUACUCUAGGACCCGUGAUGUAUGUGUGUGUGUAUGUGUGUUUUUUUCCCCCUUUUUUUUAAAGUGCAUUUUACCUGUAUUUUUUGAGGUGCCGAGUGGCUGUUUCUGUAUAUUUGAUCGUAUGCAUGUAUAAGUGUGUGGGGAAAAAAAAGUGUCAUUCUCUGCCUGACAAUAGUUUCUAAGUGUCUGAAUUUCGAGGGUUUACCCACUUGACAGCGAGGUAGAAUCAGCUGAUGUGAAAAAAAAUGAAAAAAACAAUGUAGAAAUGGUUUCCUCCAUGCUUCUCUUUAUAGUAGCAGUUUCUUAUAAAUGUACAUAUAUUUUUACUAUUUCCUAAUUUUGUAUGCACUUUUAAGAAAUGUCAGACAAUGUGAUAUUUUUGUUAUUGCUCAAUUUAGUUUACAUUAGAGGAAGAAAAAAAAAAUAAGAAGAAGAAGAAAAAAAAAACGUAUUUCGGUGAGAGUGUCCCACCAUUUUUGACUCAAAAUUGCUGUAGAAGAUUUUGGUAGCUUUUGUACUAAAUUUUUAAUAAGGCUUUCAUUCAUUUCUCUAGAUCAAUUUAUUAGUAUAGGCACAAUUUCUCUUAUAUCUCUAGAUGUUUAAGCCUUGUUUUCCAUGCUACUGCUGUAGUUUUAAGUCCAAAUUAUUAUAUUAUUAUUGGGACUUAUCCCACCAUGCCACUGAUAAUAUAUAUAUAAGUUUGAUGAUGAGAGAGCGAUUCCAAGAGUCGAGAAGAGAGAGAAUGAGUCAUUACCCUCUGUUCAACCCAAAAAAAAAAAAAAAAACAUGUAUGGUACAUAUUUAAGCACAACCUACAGACUAUCCGAUUUGUACAGACCGACAUUUGCCCACUGAAAGCUCUCCCCAUCCGCCCCUUAGCAAGAUAAACAACCGCGGUCCAGCCCUUGUUGUGUCUUGCGGAGGUUCUUUCUUUGUCCUCCUUCUGUAGGGACCUUAGGGAGGGUGUUCGCCUACAACUCCUUUUCGUAACCCGUUUAGGCCGAGAGACAGAGAGAGAGAGAGAGAGAGACAGAGAGUUGGUGUGAGACUCUUUUCAUACUUCCUUUGUAUUGUAGCUUUCCUUAGGGAAGGGUGGGUUAGAGAGAUGGGUAAGGGGGUGAGGGGGGAGAGGGAGGGAGUGGGGGGGAAGGGGGUGGUGCGAUCGAGAGAGAAGUACGUGCCAGUAGCAUCCAAUCUUGUAGUUUGUUUUAUACGUAUAGGGGGAAGGAAAGGCGGACUCUUGAUGUGGGAAGGGGAGAGGCAUUUAUAUAUGAGGAUACCCUAGGUCCUCAGCCUCCCCGACCCACGAUAACUCUAAACCUUUAUACUCAGACAUAUUCCCCCUUCCCUUCCCCUCCCCCCCCCAACCCUAUCUUCUAUCCCAUCGUCGCGUCACGCCCUUCCCUAAAUAUUCAUUGAAAUCAAGGAAGUAGUUCAUUGCUUAAAACCAAUUUCCUUCGUGUUGUCGUCGAUUUUCCUUGUGGCCUUUACCCCACCCCCCUCCCCCUCCCUCCCUCCCUCCCUCCCUCCCCCACUCUCUCUUUUUUUUCUAUUUUACCCGACUGUGUGUCUGUCUUUCAUAGGAAUUUUAAAAAAUGAGUAUAUUCAGAUUAAGGGGAAGAGCGAGAGAGGAAAAAAAAAAUGAAGAAAGGAAUUUUUUAGCAUUGUGAGAGUACUGAUUUUUUUUUAUCUUUCUUUUUCUUUUUUUUUCUUUUUUUUGUCUUUCCUUUUCUUGAAAUAGAAUUUUAGAAUUAAAGCGAGGAAGAACAAUGAAGAGAGAAUACCCUUGCUUUAACACAAUCCUUAAGUAAUGAAGACCAAUGACUUUUUUUUUAUUAAACCUCAGCUUCACAUGCUAUCCCACCUUUUCAUUAUAGAUCAUAAGGUUCUUCUUCGUAUAAUAUUUAUUCAACAAACUCAAAACUUUGUAAAUUUCCCCCUCCCCCUUCCCCCCACCCCCCCAACCCCUCUUCUACUGCCAUAUGUAAGGGCUUGAUUAAAUACAGUGUAAAACAAGAACCAAUGUAACAGUGUAGGCAGUUAUACUAUAUACCAAUUGUCGACUGUGUUUGUUUGUCUUUUCCAAAAGAGGUGUAGAGAAGAAAUGCAAAAAAGAAGGAGAAAGGGAACAAAGGAAAGGUAGGAAUAAGGGAACAAAGGAAAAUUUAAGAAUGAAAAGACGGAAGAAGGAAAUCAAUAAAAGGAAAAAAUAAAAUACAAUACAAAAAAAUAUAUAUAUAAAUAUUCUCCAUAGAGGAACAACGACUUUGUAGCCAUCCAUACUCUUCCCUCCCCCCCCCCCCACUCUACACGCUCUCCCUUGGAAAGAGUGAAAUAAAUAUAUAUAAAUAAAUGAAUAAGUGAAUGAAAUAUCCACAAAAGCUUAAGAAACACCACCCUCCCAACCCCCCCUUAAAAAAAAGUAAGCAAAAACAAGCAAACAAACAAAACAAAAACGUACACACGACAGUCGCACCAAUUUAUCUAAACUAUAUCUCUUCGUAUCUUCUCUUCUAUAUAAAACAUUUCAUAGAAAGAAAAAAAAAAUAAAACACAAAAAAAAAAAUAAACAUAAAAAAAAAAACGAAAUCAAACUCUGCACGUUAUGUGUUGGAUGUUGAAUAAUCUUUCCUCUUCAAAAGGAGUUUUCUGUGAAUAGGCUUGAGAGAAAAUGGUUGAAUUCUGUGAAGGACUUUGAAAGUGUAUUGUGAGCAGUAAAGACUAAGUCUGUGGAA